AUGGUCAGAGACGCAACAAACCGGGCGAAAGACGCCAAGGGGCUGCCGCACAAUGCGGCGACGGCGCUUCUGGCGCCACCAGACCAGAAGAAGCCAGCUUUCUCCAGGCCUCGAGAGCGACCACGCAAGCACAGUGCCGGAUCGAAGGUGGGCGGCCUGAUGCGUAACGAGUCUGAGAUCCGGAUCAUCAACAAGACGGAGGCCGACAAGGCCAGUCUGAGACCAGCCAGUAGCACCAACAGCCAGCUGCCUACUGAGACGGACAGAAUGGCAAGUUCAAUGACCGCCGUCAAUGCAUGGCGCUUGAAGAAUGGUUUCCUGGCGACAAGUGAGGUCGGUGAAGCUCGGGUCGACCCGCCAGCAACGACGCCAGCUCCUGGUGCUUUAGCGAACACCGACCAGAUUCCCAACAUCACCAUUGCCCCUCCAGAUGUCAUGGGCACUGCGGACAUCACAAUGACGACCGGCGAGUCAAAGAUUACUGGACCGCAUCCAUCGACCAUUCGCGUGUCGGCGCCUUACAUCACACAGUCGGCGAUCGAAAAGCGUCUACAACCACUCGGUCUGGACGCUCAGGAACGCAGCAUCGCAGAAGCCCGCGAAGAUGGCUUUCGGUUGCAGGGAGUCACUUGGCUGGAUAAUGUCCGCCGCGCACUGCAGCUGCCCAUCAAGACGUACACAACUGCGUGCGUCUACUACCACAAGUUCCGCCUGGCACAUCCUACGAGCGAAUACAGCUGGUCCGAUGCCGCGGCCGCGAGUCUGAUCACAAGUUGCAAGAAUGAAGACACGCUCAAGAAAAGCAAGGACAUUCUUGCAGCUGCCUACAACCUCAAGCAAGCCUCUACCCACGAGCAGGUCGGUGCGGACGAUCCCAUGUUUGAUCUGCCCAGCCGCGCAGUUGUCGGCGUUGAGAGAUUGGUGCUUGAGAGUGGUGCCUUCGACUUUCGCAGCCGGUCGCCCCAUCAGACUUUAGUUAAGAUCAGCAAGAGCCUUCCACCUAGCGAGGACCUGAAGGGUGUUGCACAACUGGCCUGGACCAUCAUGACCGAUUUGCAUCGCACCUUUGCGCCGCUGAAGCAGACAAGCGCCACGCUGUCGUUGGCGAGCCUGGAGCUAUCGGCCCAUUUCAUGGCUGCAACAUCUGAAAACAACACCUGCACCGUUCGCGAUGACUUGCAAGCGCUCAAUCUCGGCACGUGGUUCACAACUCGGGAAGAGGUCAUGGAGACGCUGCUUGAUGCCCUGGAUCUUUACACUCACCACACGAACUCCACCAUCCUUGGCCCGAAAUAUUCUCUGGACGACUUCCUCCGUAUACGCCUGGCACUCAACAAAGAGUGCUCCGAGGCCCAUCUUCCUAGAUACACAACCGUGCAGCCUCCACCAUCGCCAGAUAACGCCAAUGGAAGUGGAAGUGGAAGCACGUUACGGGUGGCUAACGGCCACCCUACACCAGUCUCUCCACCCCAGCCAGGCUCGCAGGCUCCGCAACAGAGUACAUCAGCUAGAUCACACCAGGCUACACCCGAGGAUGGAGGUACGCUACGGUUCAUGUUGAAUCCCCAGAGAGCCGUUGAUGAGAAGGCUGAGGUGAAUCGCUACUACGUCGAGGAGUGGGAGGAGUACGAAGAAGAAAUCCACGUGCCAGACCCACGUCACACAUCUAUGGAGCGUACUGAGCGACACAGCCUACCAGACAGGCCAGAUCGGGGACGCGACUCACGCUCAAGAGAGUUCGACGAUCGAAGAAGUGCACGUCCGGAGCGCGAGCCUCCACGAGUGCCGCUUGCGAUUGAACGUGAGCGACUGAGGACCCGGGAGCGCGAUGCCGAGCGAGAGCGUCUUCGUCUGAGGGAGCGCGAUCGCGACAGACGCUACGACGACCGCCGCUACGACGACCGGACUGGAGAUCGGCGCUUCGAUGACAGGCGCGAUCGCGGCGAUCGUCGCCAUUACGAAGAGGAUCCUCGUCGGGGCGGCAAUGGCAGCUCUCGGGAUACUAGACGCUGA